AUGCGUGCUGACUUGGAUUCUCCAACAGUCAAGGUUCACAUCAAGUCGCGCCAUGUCACCGUCGAGGGUCCCCGAGGCAAGCUUCAGAAGGACCUGAGCCAUCUCGCGGUCAACUUCGGCCGGCCCGAGCCCAAUGUCAUCUCCAUUGAGCUGCACCACGGCUCCCGGAAGGGCGUCGCCACCCUCCGUACCGUCCGCACCCUCAUCAACAACCUGAUCAUCGGCGUCACCAAAGGCUUCAAGUACAAGAUGCGCUACGUCUACGCCCAUUUUCCCAUCAACGUGAAUGUUGAGAAGAACACCGAGACCGACCUCUACAACGUCGAGAUCCGCAACUUCCUUGGCCAGAAGAUCGUCUACAACGUCACCAUGCACCCUGGCGUCGACGUCGAGAUCUCCAAAACGCAGAAGGAUGAGCUCAUCCUGACCGGUAACAGCCUGGAGAACGUGUCGCAGAGCGCCGCCGAUAUCCAGCAGGUCUGCAAGGUCCGGAACAAGGAUAUCCGAAAGUUCUUGGACGGUAUCUAUGUUUCCGAGAAGGGCAACGUUGUGGAGGAGUAA